AUGUCGGGAAAGAAGAAGCAUGGUGGUCAUGGUCAUGGCCACUCACAUGGGGAUGGUGGCAGUUGUGACCACGACCAUACGGAACCGCAUGGAGAGGGCUCUUCCGAACAGAAUAGCCUUGCAAAUGCUCCUGAUGUGCAACAGAUGGUUAAACUGGCUGAGCAACUUCAGCGUGUUGGUUUCGAUAUGUCACAGCUGGACGGUGGAGCUGCGAAGCUACACGACGUUAAGACCAAAAACUUCGCUUUCUGGAGAACGCAGCCUGUGGUGAAAGCAUUUGGGUUAUACGAGGACAAACCAACGAAUGAAAACAAUUUCAUUGAGCCCGAUUUACCUCCAGAAAAGAUUCGCCAUGAACCAUACACUUUACCAGAUCCAUUUAUGUGGAGCGAUGUAGAUUUGAAUGACGAGAAACAGCUACAGGAGUUGUACAACUUACUGACGGAGAACUACGUCGAGGACGAUGACAACAUGUUUCGCUUCGAUUAUUCAGCAGCUUUCUUGAAAUGGGCUGUUCAAAUGCCUGGUUGGCUGCCUCAGUGGCAUUGUGGAGUCAGGGCGAAGACGAGCGGACGUCUUCUGGCAUUUAUAGCAGCAGUUCCGCAAACUGUUCGUGUAUAUGAUAAGGAGCGUCCCAUGGUGGAGAUCAACUUCCUUUGUGUGCACAAAAAAUUGAGAUCGAAAAGGGUAGCUCCAGUGCUUAUACGGGAAAUUACUAGACGUGUUAAUCAACAGAAGAUUUUUCAAGCGGUAUACACGGCUGGAGUUGUGCUUCCUAAACCAGUAGGAGUAUGUAGGUAUUGGCAUCGUUCCCUAAACCCAAAGAAGCUCAUCGAUGUAAAGUUCUCCCAUUUGUCGGCGAAAAUGACAAUGGCACGCACGAUCAAGUUGUACAAACUUCCUGACGCUCCAGUAACGACCGCCCUACGGCCACUGGAGAAAAAGGAUGUAUCGUCGGCAUGGAAGUUGUUGUCUGAAUAUCUGAAGCAGUUUUCACUAGCUCCCGUGUUUACGAAGAAAGAAUUUGAACAUGUAUUCACUCCGAUUGAUGAUGUAGUCUAUACUUACGUAGUUGAGACAGGAGGAAAAGUGACAGAUAUGCUUUCGUUUUAUUCUUUACCAUCGUCAGUCAUGCAGCAUCCGGUACACAAAAGUAUUCGAGCCGUGUAUUCGUUCUACAAUGUCGCCACAACAAUUUCUUUCAAGCAGCUCAUGAAUGAUGCUUUGAUUAUCGCUCACAAACUAGGCUUUGAUGUGUUUAAUGCAUUGGAUCUCAUGCAAAAUGCUUCAAUUCUGGAAGAACUCAAAUUCGGCAUUGGUGAUGAUGUUGUGCUGUCCGCCUCAUCAUCAUCUGCACCCCACUUACAUCAUGCGUUUGCUCAUCUUGAUUUUAUCUUCGUUGUUGUUUUGCCGUAA